AUGUUUGAACCGUCUCCGGCUGAAUUCGUCCCAUCACAGCAAAGGGGACCAGAUGUCGCCGUCUAUCGGAUACCCGGGAAUCCGGAACUCUGUUACGAAUGGAGUUUCAAGAAGUUGUUGUCCGACAAGGAAACUGGAAGUUAUAUUUGUUGUGGAUGCCGGUCGUUGAAAGCGAGGGACAGAGUAAAAUACAAGGAUCCGUUACCAUUGUGUAAAAUCAAGGACGGGUACUUCGUCACUGAUCCAUGUUUUCCUGCGAGAGCACAUUUUUGUAAGCCACGAAGCACACCAGAAGUGGCAAUGAGAAGAAUGGUUAUUAAAAAAUGCAACGAUUUGAGGGAGGACACGGAACGACGACCAACAUCGUCGGUUGUUGACGAACUAAUCGGAGAGGUUUCAGGUGAAGGUUUCGACGAACUCUCGGAUGCUAGCAAGCAAGUGAUGGUGGAAAAACUUGCGCGUAUGACUGAAAGCGCUUCAAGAACGCUUACACGAGUAUUUCAGUGGAAUAUGCAGAAAGCUCAAAGCCCGGUUGCGGUCCCACCCGGCGAAGAGUAUCUGAAAAAGAUUGUCAACGAACUUCUGAAAGUGAAGAUGAAGUGCGCACUAUGCGAGAGCGAACAACUUCGAGUGAAUUUUGUUCCAAUUCCUUCGAAAAAAGUCUCUACUAUCAUAUUGCUGUCAUGUCUUGCCCGAUACAACGUGGUCACUCUAGAGGAUGCAAAGAAACACUACAAAGAAAUGUUUGCGACAAGGAAACGUAUUUGUAAGAAUCACUUCAUUCAAGCGGUAAUGUUUAUUGGAUGGGAAGUCGAGCAACUUUGCGGUGAAUUUCCCCUAAAUGGAAUAAGCGAAGCCUCUCCUUUCGUUAUAAGCAGCUUGUUAACUAACCUUCGAACGUACCGAGGAUUAUUGGACGACUCUAUGCCAAUGGAAAAGAAGGAUAUAAGAGAGUUUUUCGAUGAAUAUAUGGCAGAAUUCCACGAUGAAGUAACGCAAAGGAUUUCCACUCCUGGUUCCGUUGAAGGAGAACUAUUCCUGCAGGCUACCGCUAACUUUGACAUUAAAAAGGAAGAGGACUCAUCAGAUCCACAAAUCACCAUUUCCGAACAACCUACAGAUGGUCGUGAUGCUGAUUCACCAGAUUUUUUCGUUCCAAAUGAAGAACUGAGACAAGAAGAACAAGAUGCUUCAAAAUUAGGAUCGUAUUCAUCAGGAUCUUCUUCAGAUGAAGGUGAGACUGUCGCGGAUUCAGAGCUCAUGAUGAAAUGUGCUUUGUGUUGCGCGCAACGCCGAUACACACAACUCAGAUCCAUAUCGAAAGUACCUCAAAGAAAUAUCAUUUUCCUUGCUUGUAUGUUGCUUAGAAAAGUAACUAACGAGGAAUCUGCAACUCACAUUUACAAGGAAUUCCAACGGACUCAAAAACGUUGCUGUAAGCAGCAUUAUGUCGACGCGGCUAUGACUAUCCAAGAUGAAUUGAAGAAGAACCCAGAAUGUCUUCCCAAUGAAUCACGUGUUCCCCGCUUCAUUCCAGCAGAGUUGCUACAACUUCUACAAGAACAAGGGAACCAUAUUGUUCGGGUAGUACUACAGGCAAGAGAUGUGGCAUUGUUUUACAGUGAGUGUCUGAGCAAAUAUCACAAUGGAAAAGAUUGGGAAUUGGAAGAUAGAAUUGAAGCUCUUCAUCAAUAUUCCAGCUCUGGAAGUCGCAUAAAAGCUACUUCACGUGCAAGAAAACGGCGCCAUGAGGAUUUAGAUGAGCAAUCAGCAAUGGAACCGGAGGCUACAACGACUCAAUCAGCAUCAGGAGAUGCUAGCGUCACAAAAGGCUCAAACAACAAAACCACUUGCGCCUUAUGCUGCCUUACUCGUAACAAGAUAGAAUUCUGUAGAGCUUCAGUUCGUGCAGAUCAGCAUUUAAUUUUGCUGAGUUGUCUUGUGUUGAACGGCUCAUUCAAGACCGAAGUAGCUCAAGUGAUGCUUCGAGAAAUGCUAAAGAAUGUUCAAUAUAUCUGCAGGAAACAUUUCGUGCUAGCAAUGCUAUACAUAUACAAAAGUAUCAAAGAAAAGUGGAAUGAGUUAGCAACGUGGACGUUCCACUCGUUGCCAGACUAUAUUAAGGAGGAUCUAGUGAAUCGAAUACGAGGAUGUGCGAAUGAAAUCCAGAAGGGCUUCAGGAAUGUGGAAAUCAAGGAAAUAUUUGUUGAAAAGUUCUACAAUAGCUGCGAAGCGAGGUAUUGUGUAGUAGGAAGACUUCUUGCUCGAGAAGGAAAAGGUAAAACAUCGAAGAAUGCUGUCUCUGAUACUGUUAUCGACGGGAAUAGUGAGUGUGCUGUCGCUGAACCGCGCAAAGGAGCUCCUCGUACUGUCAAAUAUGGUUACAAAAGAACUGUUUCGGAGAGAAUCGCAACAAGCGAAAUACAGCUCUCUAACUCGGUUAAUUCGUUUGUACCGAUUCCCGUCUCGCCAAGAUGGUUGAUUCACCGGACUCGUCCGGAAACUAAGCGAGUGUCAUUAUUGGCUUGUGGACUAUGCGGAUGUGUUCGUCUUUGGAUCGAUGUUCGCAAAGCAUCCUCAAAAGCAGGGCGGACAAAUAUGUUGCUUGCUUGUUUGCUGCAACAAGGUCUCAUUGAUACGAAAACAGCGAGCAACUUCCACAAGGACAGUACACGUUCACAAAAACGUCUGUGUCAUGAACAUUUCAUCCAUGCUGGCGCUUAUCUGGCAUCUGCUGUUCAAAAGUUAACAUCACACUAUCCUAUUCUUGGGUUAUGGAAUAUUCCAUUCGAUAUGAUGGACAAUAUUGUGGCAACAUUACAACACCACCUUGGCUCAAUAUCCCCUAUGGAUACACUAAUACCACAUGAUGUAGCAUCAUUUUUCAAUGAUUACUUGUUAAAGUACGUGGAAAGUGAGGAAUGGAAAAUAACUGAAGUACAACAGCCCAGUAGUGAAUCGGAUCAAGUUCUUGAUUAUGCGAAAGAUAAAAUGGCUAAAAAGCAAAACAGAUCCCAAACGGCUAAUGAGAUGGAUGAGGAACUGUUCUCAAACGAUGUUCGCCAUCCAGGUGAAAAUGACGAUUCCCUACUUUUCUGUAAGGAAGAGAAGAAGGAGGAAGCAGGGAUCGUUAUCAGUGAACAGUCUAGAAACACCAAUGAAGUAAGCGAGAACAAUACGAACCAUGAAGAGGAACAUGAGCCUUCUGUCGAGCAGGAGCCAUCGCUCGAGGCAUCCGUUGACACUUCUAGCAAAAUACGUUGUGAAGUGUGCGAUUAUCGAGGCACUAAUGGUCUCAGGAAGCCCCCAACCAGCCGCAGUUAUAACGUCAUACUUAUCGCAUGUAUGAUUAUGGAUGGUGCGAUUGAUUCUUCGCAAGCUACAGAUUUAUUUUGGAAGCUCACAAACUUUAAUGUACUUAUAUGCGAAAAGCAUUUUGUUAAGGCGGUGCUACGCAUCAACAAGGAAUUGGAGCAAAUAUGGGGAAAGAUACCGAGUGAUGGACUGGAUGACGUACCGUGCUCGAAAAUGUAUCAGUUUUUGGAAAUCAUCAAAUCUCACGCGUGUCGUAUCGAUCUAAGUAGGAAAACAAUAAUUGAUUUGACGGACAUAAGAGAUUUCUAUGACUCAUGUCAAAUGUCACACUUUGCCGGCGAGGUUAGGGAUUCAUCAGGCGUCGCAGAUGAUGGCAGUCAGUCAGACGAUAAUUCACAAGAGGUGCCUAGCAGUACGAAUGCAGAAAAUCCUUCGGAUUCAUCUGAAUCUUCUGGAACUCCAGCAUCUGUUAGCUCCGACGAAAGUGAUGGUGUGCCAGCGGGAGAGCUGUUGUCUUCUGCAACUGACGAAGUAUGUGGAGCAGAAUUGAGCUUCCAGGAAGAGAUUCCUGCGACAGCUCUACUGGAGCAGCCGAUCCCGCAUGUAGAUGAAUCUCUCGGAACGUCUGGAACAAACAAUGCUUACAGAUGUGAUGCCUUUUCUACAGCAGCUAAAAACAUUAACGAGAGCAUUGACUUCCGGCCAAUAGCACUGUUCCAUUUCCGACAAGGACUCAGUGUUCAGACGACGACAGCCGAAAUUAUCGCAACAUUUGGUGAAGACAGCGUGACAGAGAGAAAAGUCAGGGAAUGGUUUGAGUUGUUCCGCACAAGGCAUGCUCAAAUAGCGGCUUCUGCCAUUACGCCGCAAGCUCAAGCGCAAGAUCGAUUAAUGAAAGCGCUACUCGAAGCUGAUCCAAACAAGACUAUACCGCAACUGGCGCAAGAAUUCGGCGCACCCGUCGACACGAUUCUGUCCUACCUUCGUAUGAGUGGAAUGCUGAGAAAUGUUAGGCGAACGGUCUUAAGUGAACGACAACGUCGGAAUCGUAUGGAGAUCUGUUCAGGACUCAUACUUCGACAAAAAAGAGAGCCUCUGUUUUUGGAUAGGAUUAUUACGUAUGGUGAGGUGUGGAUGAGUAAUGUACAUGAAAGGAGAGAAAAUGUGAUGGCCGCUGUAUGGUGGUCAUCAUUUGGUGUGAUUCAUCAUCAUCUAGUACCAUUCGGCGGACGGAUGACAGCACAGAUGUACUUCUAUCAUGUCACGGAAAUGCACAAAAAAUUGCUUCAACUGAGACGAGAAAUGGUAGAGAAGCAAUUAGUGAUCAUGUUACAUGACACUCAAUUGCCGUAUAUAUCAUUGGGUGCAAUCCGCAAUCUACACCAACUCGGAUACGAAAUCCUACCGUUCCCAGCAAAUUCCUCGGAUCUUCUACCCACCGACUAUCACUUCGUUCCACAACUUCGAUUGUUCAUGGCGGACAGAGUGUGCGCCAGUGACGCUCAGCUAGAAAAGUGUAUUGUUGAUUUCAUUAAUUCAAAGGAUGUUCAUUUUUAUCUUUCUGGUAUUUAUGAUCUAAUUGCACGUUGGAAGAAAUGUUUCUGUGCAAGCGGAGAUUAUUUCAAAACGUAA